CAGAAGGCUUGUGGAAGAUAACAGAAGGAAUAUGCUGGCAAAUGGUCUCGCCUCGACUCCUCCCAUGGGGUCAGUUUUACUACUCCUCUUCAUUAUACUGUAGUUUAUUUUUAUGUUUCAAAACUGAAAAGUAUCAGGCCAUUUGUUUUUUGUUGUUUUGUUUUGCUUUUACAUUUCUUCAUCACGGUAUGUAAAAUCUGUAUCUUUGGUUUUUCUUGAAAUGUAGUUUUCCAGUUGUCACCAGCACUUUACCUUUCUUUUUCCUACUAUAACUUCUUGCGUUUCUCUAAUAGUUUCCUUUAUGCAUCAUUUUGUGUUGGUUUUGUUUUCCUCCUCAUUUCUUUAUUUUCUUCAUUUCUUUUUUGUUUUUGUUUUUAUUUUAUAUCUUCUUGAGCGAACUUCAAUGAUUGGAAAGUCAUGUAUAUCCUUUCAUCUGUCGAUGUUUGGCUCCACAUCUAGAUUGGUGAUUUCGUUUUUCCCCUUUUCUAAAGUGCGUUCAUCCAUCCUUCUUGGUCAUGUUGACACUUUUUUGUUAAUGCGUCUUCGGAUAUGGAGGGCUUCAAAAGAGUGAAAUGUAUGUACCAGUUCUGUUUUUCCACAUCGAUUGUUUAGUCUUGUCAAAUUCAUAUCUGUAUCAGUUAUUGAGGAGGUUGAUUCUUUGUUUUUUCACGCUGAAAUAUAAUUGUUUAGGCAUCCCAUCCUAAAAGGUUUAUGGAUGUGUAGACACCAAAAACAGAACUUCAAAAUUCCUUUGUUCAAGGUUCGACCAACAGAACUUCAGCUGGCGGAAGUGAACAAGUUUACAUAGGACAGACUAAUAGCUGCUCUAUUUGCCAACAGAAACCAAAACAUGAAAAAGAUUAUGGGAAAAGGAAAAAGAAAAUUGGCCUUAUUUGCUUGAUUGUUUUCUUUAUUACAGGUGGAACAGCUGGAAUCAUUUUGGGUGCGGGGUUAAUGAAACUAUCAUCAAAGAAACAGGUCCUUUUAUUGCUGUUACUAAUAGCUCGAAUAACAUUAGCACUUCCCUGACAAGAAACUUUGGCUUAAGUUCUUUUAUACCUGCAAAUUGAGAGAAUUAUAUAUUUAUAUGUCACCUUCUUUUAGAAUUUACAUUUUGCAACUACUGCUUUCUCUGUGAAAAGCAUUUGUUUUUUUGGGUGAUAAUGGCAUUUGAUUUCCCCUUCCUUUUCUCAUUGUGUAAGCUUCCCUUUACUUUUGGCGUUGCAGCCGAUGCAAUUGUUUCAACCGGACUCUCAAAGCUUGGUUAUCAUUAUGUCAACAUAGAUGAUUGCUGGGCCGAAAUUGCUCGUGACGACAAGGGAAAUCUAGUUCCUCACAAGGUUAAGUUUCCUUCUGGGAUAAAAGCUCUUGCAGAUUAUGUACAUAGCAAGGGCCUAAAGCUGGGUAUCUACUCAGAUGCAGGCUAUUAUACUUGUGCCAAGAAAAUGCCUGGUUCUCUUGGUCACGAGGAACAAGAUGCAAAGACCUUUGCCUCUUGGGGUAUCGAUUAUCUUAAAUAUGAUAACUGUAACACUGAUGGCUCAAAGCCAACUGUGAGGUAUCCUGUGAUGACAAAAGCCCUGAUGAAAGCUGGACGUCCUAUAUAUUUCUCCCUAUGUGAAUGGGGAGAUAUGCACCCUGCACUUUGGGGUAUGAAAGUAGGCAAUAGCUGGAGGACUACAAAUGAUAUAUCCGAUAACUGGGAAAGCAUGGUAUCAAGAGCUGAUCAGAAUGAGGUUUAUGCCGAGUACGCAAGACCUGGAGGCUGGAACGAUCCUGACAUGCUUGAAGUUGGAAAUGGAGGAAUGAACAAAAGCGAGUAUAUCGUCCAUUUCAGCAUUUGGGCUGUUUCAAAGGCACCCUUACUCAUUGGUUGUGACGUCAGAAACGCUUCCAAAGAUACCAUGGAAAUCCUUGGGAACACAGAGGUCAUUGCAGUAAAUCAAGAUAAGCUUGGUGUUCAAGCAAAAAAAGUGCGAAUGCUGGGUGACUUAGAAGUGUGGGCAGGGCCGCUGUCGGAUUACAGAGUUGUUGUGCUGCUUGCAAACCGGAGUCCGGUGAAGGACACCAUAACGGCACACUGGGAUGAUAUUGGCCUUCCAGCAGAUAGUGCUGUAACAGUGAGAGACCUUUGGGAGCACAAGACAUUGGAGACGAAAUUUGUGAAUAAUCUGACUGCCACAAUAGAUUCCCAUUCAUGCAAGAUGUAUAUCUUGAAGCCAUGA